ACUGUAUUAGUGAAAAUAUGACUUUUCUCUGAAAAAAUGUUACUGUUUUCGUCUGAAUAGUAGGUAUAUGGACUUUUAUUAUGGAAAACAGCCCGUAGACGUGCAAACGGAAGUAAGCGUGUGUGUAUAUUUGAGCAUGUACAGCUGAACGCGCUUUUCUGCCAUACUGUACUGAAGGCAGCUCUGGUGCGGUGAAAAUAUGCCGACCUUGUCCUUGCCUCUUUCAAACCUGCUCAGAAAUAAGGAGAGUUUUCAGAGACUGGUCACGCUCUUUAAGUAUCUGCAUACUAGAAGCGGGACAUGGUCGGUCAAUACCAGUACGCUAUGGAUAAGACGCUCCCAGGGACCGAAAUAUGGUCUCGUGUCCCGGAGGCAGGGUCCUCUGGGACAACUGACAGCAGGGAACAUGUGCACCAGCUCCAGUGAUGACAAGACCAGCUGGCUCUGGUCUGUUUACAAUGAAACCAAACGGCAAACGCAAGACUUAAUUCCUGUGAUAUCAAGCAACUUUGUCAACCCAGACACCAUCUUUGCCAAUAAUCAGAUGAGUCUGCAGGACAUUGAGAUCUAUGGCUUUGACUAUGACUACACACUAGCUUUCUACUCCAGUCACCUUCACACACUCAUAUUCAACAUUGCCCGAGACAUCCUCAUCGAAGAGCACAGGUAUCCAGAGGGAUUGAGGGAAUAUGAUUACAUCCCUAAUUAUGUGAUUCGUGGUCUGCACUAUGAUGUCCAAAAGGCCUUACUGAUGAAGAUUGAUGCCUUUCAUUAUAUCCAGCUGGGAACUGUGUACAGGGGUCUUAAUCCUGUGCCAGAAAAGGAGGUCAUUGCGAUGUAUGAGGGCUCUCACGUACCCCUCGAGAUCAUGAGUGACUUCUAUGGCAAGAGCUCUCACGGUCACACCAUGAAGCAGUUCAUGGACAUCUUCUCCCUGCCAGAAAUGACGCUGCUGUCAUGUGUUAAUGACUACUUCAUGAAGCACAACAUUGACUACGAGCCUGUUCAUCUUUAUAAAGACGUCAAGGAGGCCAUUGGAGAUGUCCAUGUCAGAGGGAUUAUGUAUCGAGCGGUAGAGGCUGAUAUUGAAAAGUACAUCUGUUACGCUGAACAGACACAUGCUGUUUUGCAGAAGCUGUCUAAGAAUGGGAAGAAGAUGUUUUUGAUCACCAACAGCCCGCUUGAUUUUGUAGAUCGAGGCAUGAACUAUAUAGUUGGGAAGGACUGGCAGGACCUGUUUGAUGUUGUCAUAGUGCAGGCCGACAAGCCAGGCUUUUUCAAUGACAGGAGGAAACCAUUCAGACGAGUUACUGAUAAAGGCGUGUUGUUAUGGGACAGAAUUCACCGCCUUGAGAAAGGGCAGAUCUAUAAACAGGGAAACCUGUAUGAGUUUCUGCGGCUUACGGGAUGGAGGGGUUCAAAGGUUUUGUACUUUGGAGAUCACAUUUACAGUGACCUUGCCGACCUGACCCUGAAACACGGUUGGAGAACGGGAGCUAUCAUUCCUGAGCUGCGUAAGGAGAUCAAAAUCAUGAAUACUGAGGAAUACGUCCACACCAUGACCUGGCUGCAGGCCCUGACUGGGCUGCUGGAACAAAUGCAGGUGCACCGGGACCCUGCGUCACAAAUGGUGAUUCAGCAGUGGAUCAAUGAAAGAGAAGAAAUGAGGUUACGGACCAAAGACAUCUUCAACGCCCAGUUCGGGAGUCUUUUCCGCACGUACCACAACCCAACCUACUUCUCACGGCGUCUUUCCCGCUUUGCCGACAUCUACAUGGCGUCCCUCAGCUGUCUGCUGAACUACGACCUCCAGCACACCUUCUACCCCAGACGCACACCCCUGCAGCACGAGUCUCCUAUCUGGCCCGAGCAGACCAGCACCGGAGCCAUGAACAUUCCCUUCCAGAGCCACAGAACAACAACCGGAUCCGAUUAGAGAGACUAAAUGACAGAGGCUUUAAAAUGUACGUACACACAGAACAGCUGCUGUUAUGUUACAUCACUUCGAUCAGAUUCAGCUUUGAAAAAUGUGGGUAAAUCACUUCAAAUAAUAUAAUUCUAGUGUAGAUCUGUGCUGUGGUACAUGCAAUCUGUCCAUACCUUAAUUUAAUAUGUAACCUUCCCUGUAAGAUAUCAUGUAAAUGGAUGAGAAAUGAGUUUACAUGGAUAAGAGAGUA